CAGACCCUCCGCCCCUAGAUCCGACUGGCAGCGCAGCCCCCCAACCUCGCACUGGUGUCGGAUGCGAGAGGUUGUGCUUAAGUGACUAAUAAACAUACCAAUAGAAUAUGGCUGCACGAAUACCAGAAUCUGAUCAGAUAAAACAGUUUAAGGAAUUUCUUGGAACCUACAAUAAACUUACAGAAACCUGCUUUUUGGAUUGCGUUAAAGACUUCACAACAAGAGAAGUAAAGCCUGAAGAGACCACCUGUUCUGAACAUUGCUUACAGAAAUAUUUAAAAAGGACACAAAGAAUAUCCAUGAGAUUUCAGGAAUAUCAUAUUCAGCAGAAUGAAGCCCUGGCAGCCAAAGCAGGACUUCUUGGCCAACCGCGAUAG